AAAUCAGGCUGAUAACAGGAGGCAGGCUGAGUCAAAUCCCAGUUGAACCACAGCUCUAAAGGAUUGUCACAUCAUCCCUUUACAAUAAGCACUUAUAAAGCCCACAGGCUGCGGGACAGAUGGACUGAUUACUCUCUUGUUAUUAUAGUACUUGUUCUCACAAAACUUCUGGUCUUUCUACCAUUAUGGAGUUUCAUAUACUUGCAAAGAAAGGUUGAUCAGUUUAGAGGUUUAUUCUGGUACAUUUGGUGCCGACGCUUUUACAAUUCACAGGCAGCAUAGCUCAUAAUGAGAGCUGUAGUUCAACAACAGCCAAAGCACUUAAUACUGAUUAUCUGUGGUCAAGCUUUAUCCACCCCCUCCGUGCAUAAUUUGGGCCAGCCAGAGAGUUUAUAAGCCAGUGAUAGAGUUGUAGAUCCGCCUAUCAUUUAGUUGCAUUAUGAGGGCUGUUUUGGCAAUAUGGCUGCUCGGAGCUGCAGGUGCGCUUGGGUUUCCAGUGCCCAACCCGGCUCCGUCGGCAAGCUCUGAAGGAACAAACGCGAGCAAUGCUGGCAUCCUGGACAUCAAUGGGCCUCUCAUUCAAGGCGGUGCUUCAGGCCUGAUGGAAGGGGACAUUGUGAAAGAAAAGAGAUCUAUCCGCACAUUCUCUGCUCGAUUUGCAAAGUGGCCUAAGAUAAAUGGCUCUGUGAUUAUCCCCUACACUCUGUCUUCUUCCUAUGAAAGUUUUGACCGGAAUAUAAUUCUAAAGGCCUUUCGGGACUUGCAAGCAUCUACUUGCCUCCGCUUUGUGGAGCGCACUACUGAACGGGAUUAUAUCGCCAUAGAGCCAGCUAUUGGGUGUUUUUCGAGUGUAGGGCGAGUUGGGGGGAUGCAGCUCGUCUCCCUGGCCUUUGAGUGCCUGAGGACAGACAAGGGAAAGGGAAUUGCUCUGCAUGAAUUGAUGCACGUCGCUGGGUUUUGGCAUGAACAUUCCAGAGCUGAUCGAGAUGAUUACAUCUGGAUAAUUUGGGAUGAGAUUCUAAUCGGCUAUGAGAAAAACUUCUGUAAAUAUGCGACUACCAACAUGUUAGUCAAAUAUGAGCUGCAGUCCAUCCUUCAUUACCCCAGAAGUGCAUUCUCCAAGUCUGGGCAGGCCACAAUCAAUCCAAAGUAUCCAUAUUCUAAGAUUGAAAUAGGUCAGAGAGAAAAACUCAGUGCUUCUGACAUCCUAAGGGUUAACAAACUGUACUCCUGCUCUCAGUACACAUCAUCAGAUGAUGAUGAUGAUGAAUUAAAUUAUUUUCCACCAAUUGUUUAUUCUUGCAACAAAGAACUCAAGCCUACAUCCACUAAAUCAUAUAUUGAACAUAAGAAUGGAGCUUUGCUAAUGGAGACCCCAGCACAGAUGGCCAAUACCAAACAAACAUCCGUUUUAAGUCAAACAGCAGCUCCUACUGUGAGUUUUCAGAGAAGUUCAGUGAAUGAAGGAACUGCAAUAGCCGGGCAUAAACAUACAACUCUUUUAAGUAGUGUAAAUAUGACUGGGGAUUUUCAAGAUAGUGUUUCUACAGGCUUUUACCAAACAUCUUCUGAAACCAAUUCUUCUCAGUCAUUAAAUGAGCAAUUGCAGGAAACACUACAAAAGUCAACAAUGAGGUCUAAUGAGGGUUUAUUUACAUCAGCCCCUACAACACUGCCAUCUCAUGUGAUUAAUUUGAGCUCCCUCAAUGCUUUUUCCACCCUGGUAAACCUGUCUGUGCUACCCACCACCACCGUCACACCUGAGCCUAUUAAAAUACCUUCUAACAGUAAUUUUUCUCAAAUUGUAACCAACAUCAUGCAAAAAACUCAACCUUCAGUUUCUACUUUGGCAUCAAACUCUAUAUCACCUAACACUGUGGAACUCACUCACAAUGCUUUGAUACCAACCAAAAUCAGUCGCCACCAACACAGAACAGAUGAAACCAGUACCGUACCUGAGCAAGUGACUCUUCUCCAUGUCAAUGAAAGUACUGAACAUGGCACACCUACAGAGUCCAACCAAAUUCUUACUGAAAAUGUUUCUUCCAAGCCAACUCCCUAUCCCCCUGAGCACUUAGACUACUCAAACCUGACUAAAUCAGAAGGGGAAAAUCUCAAUUAUGUCAUAAACAGUUCGGACACCUCUACAACAUCUAUAAAUCUCGUUUCUGAAAGCAUAUCCUCUCGGGCACCUCUGAAAUCUACAAUUACUACUGCUGUAUCCUCUGUAGAAAUACCCAGAAUGAAAGAGACAGGCAGUCCUUCAUUAUCUAUGACACUUAUGUAUAAUAAAAUGAAGGAAAGUAUUUCUGUUGCCACGUACAGUAGUCCAAAUGGAAUAAGCACCAGUACGUUGUCUCCAAACACUGUGAGAGGAGAACAAAACCGUUCCAUGCAAACUGCAUUAGGUGAUUUAUCAGGCAAUAGUUCUCCUGGACCAUCUCAAGGUGCAGCAUAUGAGCAGCAUAAUUAUCAGAGGCCAAAAUACCAUAUUUUUGGUAAGAGAUCUUUAAACGAGCCUUUACCUACUAUAAAAUCCAUUAGCCCACUGGUUUCUGAUAUAAAAAGAGAGGCAAAACCCCCAAACUCUCAUAUACAUCACAAUAAAUUCAAUACCAGAAGACAUGGUGGCACUCAACAGCACAGAGCAAAACUGCAGCUUAUGUACAGUGUCAAAAAUCCAAUGGCCACAUUCUUAAAUGGUGUGGAGGGGUUCAGCCUCUCAAGGAAUCCUUGGAUGUCUGUUGGGCAAAGCACAGUAAAUUCACAUCUUGCUUCAGUAGAAGAUGCAGAAGAUGCUCAAUCAAGAAAGUUGUUACCAAGCUUGUCUCCGCUCCAUAACAGACACUUGACUUCAAGAACCAAAAUAAGCCGACAACAACAGGCCUGUAAGUCUGACCAUGAAUUUUGUGGAUGGAAGCAAAGAAAGGACAAUAAACUCAUCUGGAAUCUCAUUUGGGGGGGUACAGAUCAUCUUCAUGGAGGCCGUACUAGUAAAGACAAACGUAAAGGAUUACUUUUAUCUCUCAAGAAUUUCUCCAUGGAACCUACCCAAGGGCAAAAGGCUUUGCUUGUUAGCCCUGUGUUACACCGUCCCAACUGCGUGUCCUUCUGGUACAGACUCUUGCCAAACAGUACGGUAGGAACUCUGAACGUGUAUAGCCGACCAACAAACAUGUUAGGAACGCAGACUCUCCUGUGGACAAAUCAAGGGCAGGAAAAUCUGGGAUGGACUAAGGCACAAAUAACGUUUAAAAAGCAACAUCAGCAUAAUAACUUGCAGAUAAUCAUAAAAGGAGUCACGGGACCAGAAAGUGAUAUACGUAUUAAGAAUCUGUAUGUUGGCCAGUGUGGAUGAUAAAAUUCACCCCAUUUACUGCUCCAAUAAACCUUUUAAUUAA